UUUUAGUUUUGGCAUGAAUCAUAGGACACCACCCUACCCUGCUGGGGAUUACUGUCUUCUGUGCAGAAGUGAACGGAAAGACUCUUCAUUCUUAGAGAGUGGAAUUAAGACUGCGAGCAAAUUGGCCCUUUCCAUGGCACCCAAAGGCAACAGUGUGCUGCAUCUACCACUGUGGGUAUGCCCAGACUGCCGUAGGACCGUGGAAAAGGAAGAGAGGCAUGGAGGCCUUGACCAUCCUGGGGGCCAAGAUUUUGUUCUUCACUCGCCGCUUGGUGGCUCCCAGCCAGAGACUGGAGGUGGAGGCAGGCUCGCUCUGGGUGCACAGACGCUUCCCUCGGCAGGACUGGGUACUGCCUCCUCGGACCCUGCAUGCUCCUGUGAGGCCUGCAGCGAGCGCAGAGAAAUUUCAGCAGAGACGGACCGGGAACCUCAGCAGCUACAGAACUACUGGUCAGAAGUGCGCUACAUGGUCCGAUGCAUAUACCGCCAGGCAGGGACUCCACUGGCUGAUGACCAGGACCAGUCUCUAGUACCUGACAAGGAGGGAGUAAAGGAGCUCGUGGAUAGGCUCUGUGAGAGGGACCCCUACCAACUAUACCAGCGGUUGGAACAGCAAGCCCGAGAGUAUGUGCUGGAGAUGAAGGUCCGCCUGCUGCGGCAGCUAUCGGCAGCAGCAAAAGUGAAGGCGCCAUCUGGCCUGCAGGGCCCUCCACAGGCCCACCAGUUCAUCUCGCUCCUCCUUGAGGAGUAUGGCGCCCUAUGCCAGGCAGCACGCUCCAUCAGCACUUUCCUUGGCACUCUGGAAAAUGAACAUUUGAAAAAGUUCCAGGUGACAUGGGAACUGCAUAAUAAACACCUGUUUGAAAAUCUGGUCUUUUCGGAGCCACUUCUCCAGAGCAAUUUGCCAGCAUUGGUGUCACAGAUCAGGCUAGGAACCACCACACAUGACACCUGCAAUGAGGACACAUACAGUACCUUGUUACAGCGGUACCAGCGCUCUGAAGAAGAACUACGCAAAGUUGCUGAGGAAUGGCUAGAGUGCCAGAAGAGGAUUGAUGCUUAUGUGGACGAACAGAUGACGAUGAAAACCAAACAGCGUAUGUUAACAGAAGACUGGGAGCUUUUUAAACAAAGGCGAUUCAUUGAAGAACAGUUAACUAAUAAGAAAGCUGUCACUGGUGAGAACAACUUUACGGACACCAUGAGGCAUGUGCUGUCAUCUCGGCUGAGCAUGCCUGACUGUCCCAACUGCAACUACAGGAGAAGAUGUGCUUGCGAUGACUGCAGUCUCUCACAUAUCCUCACUUGUGGUAUCAUGGACCCCCCCGUCACUGACGACAUCCACAUUCACCAGCUACCACUCCAAGUGGAUUCUGCUCCCGACUAUCUCUCUGAGAUGCGCCCACCUAGCGUGUCAUCAGCAAGCUCAGGGUCAGGCUCCAGCUCUCCCAUUACAAUUCAGCAACAUCCCAGACUCAUCCUCACAGACAAUGGCUCUGCACCAACUUUUUGUAGUGAUGAUGAAGAUGUUGCACCAUUGUCAGCUAAAUUUGCCGAUAUUUAUCCAUUGAGUAACUAUGAUGAUACCGAGGUGGUGGCCAACAUGAAUGGAAUCCACAGUGAAUUGAAUGGUGGUGGUGAAAACAUGGCGCUGAAGGAUGAGUCCCCUCAGGUAAGCAGUACCAGUAGUAGUUCUUCAGAAGCUGAUGAGGAUGAAGCAGAUGGUGAAAGUAGUGGGGAGCCACCUGGAGCCCCAAAGGAAGACAAAGCUCUAGGAAAUAGGAGCCCAAGUAAAGAGGAAAAUAAAGUGGACAGUCCACCCCCAUCAUAUCCAACUCAGCAGGCCGAACAAGCUCCAAAUACUUGUGAAUGUCAUGUAUGUAAACAAGAAGCUUCUGGACUGACAGCAUCAGCAAUGACAGCUGCAGCUCUUCCUCCUGGCCAUCAGUUCAUGAGCCCAGAAAAGCCUACCCACCCCGCACUGCACCUUUAUCCUCACAUUCACGGACAUGUGCCUUUGCACACCGUCCCACACCUGCCUCGCCCUCUUAUCCAUCCCACCUUGUAUACAGCACCCCCCUUUACACACAGUAAGGCUUUACCACCAGCACCUGUUCAGAAUCAUACAAAUAAGCAUCAGGUAUUCAAUGCAUCUCUUCAAGACCAUAUUUAUCCAAGCUGUUUUGGGAAUACUCCAGAGUGGAAUAGUUCUAAAUUUAUAAGUCUUUGGGGAUCAGAAGUGAUGAAUGAUAAGAACUGGAAUACUGGCACUUUCUUGCCAGAUACAAUUUCUGGGAGUGAUAUAUUAGGGCCAGCACUUGCAGAAACAAGACCUGAAGCCCUUCCACCUCCAUCUAGCAAUGAGACGCCUGCAGUUUUGGAUAGUAAAGAGAAGAAAAAUGCUGCAAAAAAGAAAUGUUUGUAUAAUUUCCAAGAUGCUUUCAUGGAAGCGAACAAAGUUGUCAUGGCCACCUCAUCAGCCACGUCCUCUGUGUCAUGCACAGCUACCACGGUGCAGUCAAGCAACAGCCAGUUCAAAGUAUCAUCCAAGAGACCUCCUUCAAUAGGUGACGUCUUUCAUGGCAUCAACAAGGAGGAUCACAGACACUCGGCACCAUCUGCCCCGAGGAGCAGCCCCACGGGCUUGGCCCCAUUGCCAGCCCUCUCUCCUGCCGCGCUUUCACCAGCUUCCACGCCUCACCUUGCAAACCUUGCAGCCCCGUCAUUCCCUAAAACUGCAACCACAGCUCCUGGGUUUGUGGACACACGCAAGAGCUUCUGUCCUGCCCCUGUGGCACCCCCACCCCCUACCACAGAUGGCUCCAUUAGUGCCCCUCCAAGUGUCUGCAGUGAUCCUGACUGUGAAGGACACCGCUGUGAGAACGGUGUCUAUGACCCACAACAGGAUGAUGGGGACGAGAGUGUGGAUGAGGACAGUUGCUCUGAGCAUAGCUCCAGCACCUCAACCUCCACCAACCAGAAGGAGGGCAAGUACUGUGACUGCUGCUACUGCGAGUUCUUUGGGCAUGGUGGGCCUCCAGCUGCACCAACAAGUAGAAAUUAUGCUGAAAUGAGGGAAAAGCUUCGAUUACGACUGACCAAGAGGAAAGAAGAACAACCUAAAAAAAUGGAUCAGAUCUCAGAAAGGGAAAGUGUCGUUGACCAUCGAAGAGUAGAGGAUUUGUUACAGUUUAUAAACAGCUCAGAGACCAAACCAGUGAGCAGCACCCGAGCAGCCAAGCGAGCAAGGCAUAAGCAGAGAAAGCUAGAGGAAAAAGCUCGCCUGGAAGCUGAAGCCAGGGCCCGGGAGCACCUACACCUCCAGGAGGAACAGAGGCGGCAAGAAGAAGAAGAUGAUGAUGAUGAGGAAGAGGAGCAUUUCAAGGAGGAAUUUCAGCGGCUUCAGGAGCUUCAGAAGCUAAGAGCUGUGAAAAAGAAGAAGAAGGAGAGGCCAAAUAAAGACUGCUCCAAGUUGGACAUGCUUGCUAGAGAUUUCCGGGCAGCAUCAGAGUCUGUCCCUAACUCUGAAAACAUUCAUAAUGGCUCACUAGAGCAUACUGAAGAACUAGAAACCUCAUCUCACUCCCCUUCCAGAAACAUGAACCACACAGAGUCCAGGCCAGGGCCAGGAGCUGACGGGGACACUACAGACCUCCUGGACACCAGAGACUCUAAACUUCUCCUCCCCAAAGAGGUUAAUGGGAAGCAGCAUGAACCACUCUCUUUUCUCUUUGACAUAAUGCAUCACCAUAAAGAGGGAAAUGGGAAACAGAAGCUAAAGCAGACCAGUAAGACCAGUUGUGAGCAAGUGAGGAAGUCUGCAGAGCUCUCCAAAGCCACAGAGGGGCAGCCCAAACCCCGGACCCAGACUGAAUCUAAGACUAAAGUGGUUGAACUCACUUCUCUAGCAGAGCAGAAAAGAGAUGAUAGAAAAGUCAACAGUAAUAACAAUAACAAAAAGCAGCUGAACCAUAUCAAGGAAGAAAAAUCAAUCCCAAUUCCUACUGAGCCCACCUCUCCCAGCGAACAUCAGCAGAAUAACAAGCUGAUGCUGUCAGAUUCUCUGCAGCCAAAAGGCAAGAACAAGAAAAAUAAGAAAAAGAAAGGAGACAGAGUCAACAAUUCAAUUGGUAAAUACAAAACAGAAGAUGAUGUCUUUCUGCCUAAAGAUAUCGACCUAGACAGUGUGGAUAUGGAUGAGACAGAAAGGGAAGUGGAGUAUUUCAAAAGGUUCUGCUUGGAUUCUGCAAGACAGACCCGACAAAGACUGUCUAUCAACUGGUCCAAUUUUAGCUUGAAAAAAGCCACCUUUGCAGCCCACUGAUGAGGAAUGCUGGAGAGGGACACGCAGGAGGUGGGCCGGGCUGUACUCUGUGUUCCCAAGAGUCAAGCCCCCCACUGGCCCCCCAGAGUGGCCAGGCCACCGAGAGCCACGCGGGCGGGAUGCCACAGCCUGAGACCCCAGACUGAGGACUUGCUCGACCUGCGUCGUUAGCUCGUGUGCGUGUAGUCUGUGAGUGAGACUUCUUUGAUCGUAGCUCUGUGCUGUCGGAUUGGAACAGUAGUUCCUGCCAAUUCCUCCUACCACUGCAGCCUCGGAGGCCUGGGCCCUGGCCAGAACAAGUUUGCACCAUCCAUGUGGCUGUUGCCUCUGCAUCUCACCCUGUCCUGUCAUCUGUCCCCGCCGGGGUGUCGGCCGUCACUCAGCUCUCGUGUGCCCCUGCGUCCCAUCCGAGGCGGGCUGGGCAGGGCAGGCCUCCUUUGUUCUCCUCCACAAUCUACUGUUUCUGAGUGUACACGUUGCGCUGUUUGUGUUUGAUCCCCCCUGACUUGUAGCCAGCUUGUGUAAGACCCCUUGCAGAAUGAGAAAGUUAAAAAACAAGAAACCCACCCAGUACUCACACCAUCAAGUCUGUUAUAGAGUGUACGACUGUAUUAACACGGAGGCCUGCCUGGCUACUUUUUUAACAUAUUGUUAAGUAAUAUUAAAAUCAUGUCUUUCUUUUUGAAAGAUGGAAUACAUUAGUACAGCAGGA